AUGACCAAGUACGGUGCCCGUAAGGACGCCGCGCAAGUCCGGCCAUCGGCCACCUCGCCGCCGCUGCAGCACUCCCCCGGCGCCACAGCAAGCUCGUUCGCCAGCCGCUCUCCACAGCUUCUCUUCUACCCCGGCGCCCCGACAAGAUCCUCGGCCAGCCCCUCGACACCGCCACACCUAUACCCGCCUCUCAUGGAAUCCUCCUCAGCCAACCCUACAUGGUAUAAAAUUUCUGCUUUAAUUCAAUCUUUGGCAAUUACAAUUUCUGUAGCUCGAGUAUGCAGCAUUAUGUAA